CUCCAGCUGUUGCGUUCACGGCGCCUCCUUCAGGGGAGUGUUCAAGCCCACAACGAACAUGGCUGCUGCAGUCAGGAUGAGGACGUGGAGCUGUCCGACCAGUGGAGUUUUCUAUCCAUGGGCAGUCCUUUUUGUAAUUUUGCUCAGUACCAUACAUGUGGUUGUUGCAGCACCAGAGACAGGGCUUUGGAAAAUCACAGUUGUAAAUACCUCAAGACCACUGCUGUUAAGGAAAUCCAUGUACAAAGACACUGACAUUGAAUUGAAAGUUGUGUCUUUUGGCUGCCCUGAGGAGGUGACCUUCACUGUUCACUGGUAUUUAAAAUACUACCCCUGUCACAAUGAAUUCAACAAUAUUGAAGAAAUGUAUGAGAGAACACCUCUGAGUCGUGGGGAGAGCCUGGAUCCGAAUCCCCUCGGACAAGGAGAGUACAUCGAACACAAACACAGUCCUAUAACAUGUAACAGUGGACUGCGCUCCUUUCCAAUGCUCAAAAAAGCCAAGGCAUAUCCACAUCCAGUCAGUCCACCUGUUGAGGGUGAAGUGCCAGAUGAAAAUUACACCAAAUUGAUUACUGAGGAGUACGACAGCAGCAGCACCGUGAAGAACAGCAGUGUGAAUAUCAAAGACAACGUCAUAGCCACCACUUGGAAGGACGGGCCUUACCUGCUGGUUGUUAAGAUUGUGUCCAGUAAACAGGAUGCCAACUGGAAUUUAACAGUUUAUGUGGUGAUGAAAGGCAGCCAUGGCUACAUUUCUAUCACAGAAUGGCCUCUCAUGAUUUUCUACAUGGUGAUGUGCAUAGUGUACAUCCUGUACGCCCUACUGUGGUUUAUCUGGGCCGCAUGCUACUGGAAGGAUCUGCUGCGGAUCCAGUUCUGGAUAGCAGGGGUCAUAUUUCUUGGGAUGGUGGAGAAGGCUGUCUUCUGUGCCGAAUAUGAAAACACCAACGCUGUCGGCUCUGCUUCCCCAGGCUUGUUGAUCUUUGCUGAGCUGGUCUCUGCCCUGAAGAGGACUUUGGCUCGAUUGCUUGUCAUCAUCGUCAGCCUUGGCUAUGGCAUUGUAAAGCCUCGACUGGGGAUAGUAAUGCACAGAGUUGUGGGGCUCGGCAUCCUCUACUUUGCCUUUGCUAGCAUUGAAGGUGUCCUGAGGAUUACUGGGGGUCGAGACAAUGGCCCUGUUCUCAUUACAGAAAUUGUUCUGGCUGUUUUUGACUCCUGCGCCAUCUGGUUCAUCUUUGUCAGCCUGGCACAAACCAUCAAAACUCUGAAGCUGAGGAGAAACCCUGUCAAGUUGUCUCUCUACAGGCACUUUACAAACACGCUAAUAUUUGCGGUCAUUGCUUCCAUCAUUUUCAUGGGUUGGAUAGCAAAAAAAUUUCGGCUAGCAGAUUGCCAGUCUGAUUGGAUUGAGCUGUGGGUGGAAGAUGCUUUUUGGAGGUUCUUGUUCUCCGCCAUUCUAUUCGUCAUAAUGUUUCUAUGGAGACCAUCUGCAAACAACCAAAGGUAUGCUUUUACACCUCUCAUUGACGACUCUGACGAUGAGGAGAUUGAGUUCAUCGCCUCUACAAACUUUGCUGAUGGCAUAAAGUUGAGAGCAUCUAAAAGUGAGACGAAUGGCACAGUGAAGCCUGCAGAAACAAACCCAGAUGAAGACUUGAAGUGGGUGGAGGAUAACAUUCCUAGCUCUCUUACUGAUGUCGCUCUACCAGUCCUGCUCGACUCAGAUGAGGAAAUCAUGACAACGAGAUAUGAGAUGUCAAAGCUGGAGUGAGGCAAAACAUUUUCAGCCGUCGGUGGACAUGGAGGGAGAGCAUAGCAGCUGUCCCUGACUCUACAGCAGGGUUUUGUCCAAGAUUUCUAGUCGAGUGGUGGCGGAGUGCCAUUUAGUUUUUAUGGGGAUCUUCCCGUACGGCUGCUACUUAGCAGGUUGGAGCAGGCCACAGUUUAGGGGGACCUCUGCUCAUUUCCUCAUCUUCUCAAGAGCAAAGGACUCUACCAGAGAAAAACUGUCUUUUCACUGACCAACUGGUCCACUAUUUCCCUGAUAUGAUAAUUUUUGAGCCUUUCUUUCCAAAGAGAAUGUUUCAUCUUGUUAAGUGCAGUAUUUAUUUCUGUUAUGUUCAUGUGAAUUUAUUUUACCAGAGAAUUAAGAACAGUGGGCCUCAUGCAUGAACAUACUCUCAAAUAUGUUAAGUGUCUGUGAGGGUAUCCAAAUAUUAUUGGUUGGUUGUAAUGAAAUAAGAUGCUUCUUUAUGAUGGGGGGGAGAAAAAAAAAUAAUAAUAAGCCCUUUUUUUCUUAGUUAUUAACACCAAGAUUGAUUUAUCUAAGCUAUAUUUGCAACCAGAAGAGAUACAGAAUUUGACUUAAAUGUGUUUAUUGAUUAAUUAUAUACAGGACCUUUCUUUAUAUAUAAAUAUAUAAUUGUGAAGUUCGCAAAAGUUAUGAAAUUUAUGAAAUUCUAUCAGCUGUAUGUAUUUUUGAUGGGACUGAGUGUCUGAAACACUUUUGUGUUACCAGCGUUCAAAUCUGAGACUAGAAAACUGAAAAUUCAGAUGCUGAUUUUGAAUAGAACAUUUGCUCUUAUGCACUAUGCAGAUGUGCCUACAUGUAGUUCUUGUAUGAGGCCUAAUCUGUUCAGGUAAUUGAGAACAAUGUAUGAAAGUGUUGUUCAUGUCUCAGAUUGAAACUUCCCGUUGUCCUCAAUAUUGGUCUGUGAAUGAGUGUGAGAGGGACAAAGCACAAACAGGUGAUUUGUACAAUUUGAAUUUAAACGUUGUUAAACAGUUCAGUAGUGUAGAAUUGGGGUUUGCAGUCAUGUUUUGAAUCUACUGUAUGUGUGUGGGAGGGCAGGUUUUGUGUCUUCUGAAAUAAGGAGCAAUAUGCUGUAUGUAUGUUAAUAUGGAGUUAAAUAAUUUCAUUAUUUAUUUGUGUUUCAAGUGUACUUAUAAGUUAAAGUGUUUGUCCACCCAUCUUUACUCUUCAGUGUGUUUACAGUGUGUGCUUCCAUUAUUUUUAAUGCAUUCUUAUUAGUUUUCUUUAUUUGCUGAUUAAAAUCUGUCAGUUGGAUUUCACAGGCACCUUAAUAACAUUCACGUUCUUUCACAUAAGUCUUAAUAUGUUUAUUUUUUAUAAUUGUUUUUGAAAAUGGCUGGCCUGGUGUUUUUGUCAGUAUAGUUUUGGAGUUGGAACACUGUCGUUCUCAGCACAAGCUGAUCACUUGUCACUGUUCCCUUUUUUUUUUUUUUGGGUUGGAAACCUGGACUAAUUGUGCUUAUGAUGGCAAGCUGUCCUUCUGUUACAUAAAUCUGCAGACACCUGCAGUGGACCUCGAUUAUUUGUACAGAUGGGUUUCGGCUGAUUCCUGUUAUUUCAUAAUUCCACAGGUGUCUGGACAAUAUGACUUGCCUUUUUUUUUUUUUUUUUUGGUUACCAUGAAGAACUGGGCUUGAACUUUUUAUAUCGGCACUUUUCUUCUCUCUUCCUUCUCAGGAAGUGUGUACACUCAGAUUAAAUAUUAAUCAAAUACAGGAGAAUGUUUGUUUCCUGAUCUAUGAUUUUCAGCAUUGAUUUGUCAAUAAAAAAUACAUUAUUUUA